AUGAGCAGCAUGGAGUCGCCGGAGCGUGAGCAGUCUGCGCCUCAGCCCGAGGAGCCCGUUACCUCCAUCGAGGAUGACGGCGCCGUCUCUGAAGAUCAGUGGCAAGGCAUGGGGGAUAUGCUCAUGGCAAUCUACGAUUUUCGCGAGCAGGAUGGACAUGACCCCUCGCGACUCUUCCAUCGCAGUGUCAAUAAACGCAUCGUCCCGGACUAUUACGAUAUUAUCAAGGAGCCAAUGGCGCUCAGUAUCAUCAAGCAGAGAAUCAACAAGCGGGAAUACAAGCAAAUCGCUGAUUUCGUGCGCGAUUUUGCCUUGAUCCCCCACAAUGCGCAAACCUACAACCGACCUAAGUCGCAAGCGUAUGAGGAUGCGCUAGUCAUCAAGGAUGUUAUCGUCUCGGAGUUGAAGAAGCUGGUCGAGAAGGAUCUACUCAGCGCCGAAGAAGCUGAGCUACCGGACCUAGGCGAAAUUCCAGAGGCAGACCCCUUGCCCGAUGACGAUGAAGAAGAUGAGGAUGAAGACGAAGACGACGAGGAGGACAGCGACGACGAGCGUCGGAAGAAGAAGCCAGGCCCGAAACCAGGGUCCAAGCGUGGAGGCCAUAAACAGGAGCCUGAUACGCGCAAGAAACGUGGGAGGCCCCCACGUGUGGACACUCCGAUGGAAACCCGGAUCAAGACCAUUCUCAAGGGAAUCCGCAAGCACAAGGGCCCAGGCGGCCAAUUGAAAAUCUCCCAUUUUGAACGCCUCCCGGACAAGAUCACGUAUCCAGAUUACUACAUGGAGAUCAAGGAGCCGAUUGCUAUUGAUAUUAUCAAGCGCAAGGCGAAGCGCAAGAAGUACAAUUCGGUCGAUCACUUCAUGCGGGAUCUAGAUCUUAUGUUCAACAAUGCCAAGGCCUACAACCAAUCAGAGAGCCAGAUCUACAAGGAUGCGGUCGAUCUACAGGUUGAGGCGCGCAAAUUGGCAGAACAGGAGAAGAAGAAGCCCGACAGCGAGUAUCUGAUGGAAGACGGGCGCUUCCCCUUACCCGACGGCAUCCUGUACCGCAACGAGCUGUGGAAGGUUGGUGACUGGGUCCACAUUCAGAAUCCCAACGAUGUCUCCAAGCCCAUUGUCGCCCAGAUUUACCGGACAUGGCAGGACUCAGAGGACCAGAAAUGGAUCAACGCCUGCUGGUAUUACCGGCCGGAGCAGACUGUUCAUCACUUCGAGAAGCAUUUCUACCCCAACGAAGUUGUGAAGACUGGCCAGUACCGCGACCAUCGGGUCGAGGAGAUUGUCGACCGUUGCUUCGUUAUGUUCUUCACUCGCUACAGCCGAGGUCGCCCCCGCGAUCUCCCUCCAGACAAGGAGAUCUAUGUCUGCGAGGCUCGAUACAAUGAGGAGAAACACAAGCUCAAUAAGAUCAAGACAUGGGCUAGCUGCUUGCCGGAUGAGGUGCGCGAGAAGGACUAUGAAAUGGAUCUAUUUGAUGUGCCGCGCAAGAUCAAAAAGGUUCCUAGUCCGAUCAAGCAUUUGUUGAAGAGCGAUGCAAAGGAAACCGAUGAUCUUCCCCGGCCAACUUGGGGUGCUGAUAAUGCGCCGCCAGUGGUGGGUGCGGUGCACCGUCGCCCUCGAGAUGAGAAUGAAUCUCCUCCUCCAGAGCCAACACCCUCGCCUCCCCCUCAACCACCAGCUCUACCACCACAGGCCAUGCCAGUAGCCACUCCCCGUCAACCCAUGAGCCAACCAAUUCAAAAUCCCAAUCUAGUUCCAGCAGGAGCUAUGGCAACUCCCCAGCUCCAAGCCCCAUCACCCGCAGUACCCGUGGCCCAGACAUCGCCCGUCCCCGUCCAUCAAGCCCCAUACCAGGCCCAAAUGAACCCGCAAAUGUACCAAGGCCCUAACCAGCGACGCCCAAGCAAUUUCGUGCCGCAGACCCCGACCGCAGCCUACCAGGCCUCUCCAGCAGCACCAGCAUACUCGGCAGCACAGCCAUCGCCAUACGGCAACUACCCCCCAAAUCGGGUCCACCCAACCGCAGCACCAGUCUACAACCCCAACGCACCCCGUCCAAUUGAAGUAUACCACCUCAACGACGCGGCCAACAGCGCAAUCCCCGCCGAUAUCCGUUCUCAAUUCCACUGCGACGCUCAGGGUCACGUCCUCUUCUUCGCAGUGCCUCCACUCGACCUAAUCCCGCACUCAGAACAGAAACUGGGCCACUCACUAAAGUACCUCGCCUCGAAAGAAGAACGAGCGAAGAAAGUCGCCGAGAACAAACGCAAACGCGCUGAGGAGCAGCGAGAACGCGAAGAAGCAGCGAAGCGCAAGCGUAUCGACGAGGAAACCGCCCUUGUCGGUCAAAUUGCUACGUUGACACCAAAGGCUAUUGAGAGUAUGGUGCAGCAAGUUGUUUCUGGCACGGAUGAAUUGUACAAGGCUAUCUACGACGAUCAAGCGGACAGCGUGCGUGUCGCAGAUGAAAGGGCGCGGGGAAGUCGAAUCCAGGCUGAUCGCGCAAAGAGCCAGUUGAUUGCGCAGAUUCAGGCGCAGACUAAGGAUGAGGGGUUUGUUAGUUUGAAGGGGAGUGCAAUGUAUCUUGGUGAUAUCUAG